AAGUAGAAUGGGCGGGAAGUGUGCGCUCCUCACCAAGGACUGUAGAGUUAAGGUGGUCUCUCUUAUUGUAUAAUCUCCUUGCUCUUCACCGGGAGAUUCGACGGAUAGUCUUGUCCUGGCCCGGUUAUCCGCCAGUCCAUUGCAAGUUGUCCACAGGACCGGAUUCUUCGAGACAUGACGCAAAAUUUGCAGAACGACUGAAACGUGCGAACUUCCUGUUCGAUGGAGUCCAUGGAGAUUGAUACCCCGGAAGAGAUCAUCUCAGAUUCUGGCAGCAGCACUGAAGUGGACGAAGGUGAUGACAGUGAUGAGAGAGCGCUGGCGACGUCUCUUCAGCAACCGAGACUUCCUGCCACUUGGGCUUUCAGUCACAGAAGGACAGGCCGUGGUGCCUCACGCAGAAGGCUCAGACAGGGCCUCCGAGUGCACUAUUCCAGCCAGACUGCAUCGCCCUCCAGGGGGUUUCCAGACUUCCGGUUGCGAGCACCUGCCGCCACUGUAGUCGACUCACAGUCCAGCAGCACGGAGGUCAGCGAGUCAGAGGAAGAAAGAGCAGCCGUGCAAGCCGCUCCUGUGGAGACCGCGGAACCUGAGCCCCCCCAUGCUAACCUCCACAACGCUAAUGACACACAUGUACAAGAAGGAACAGAUCCCAACCGUUCAGCAGAACAACCUUGCAGCAUCCAGCCGCCUGUCCUGCCUCACCCACCGUCCCACAGUGAGGAGGGCGAAGGUGACACCUGCAGCAUCUGCUUCGAGGCGUGGACUGCGGCAGGAGACCACCGCAUCGCUGCUCUGCGCUGCGGACACCUCUUUGGCUUUACCUGUAUCCAGCGGUGGCUGACUGCCCAGCGCUCUGCCGCCAAAUGUCCGCAGUGCAACAAGAAGGCCAAGCGCUCCGACAUCUUGCUGCUCUACGCUCCAAAGCUGAGAGCCAUGGACAACAGUGAGCACGAGAGCCUAAAGAAGUCCCUGGAGGAGGAGCAGUCUCUGAGGAGGAAGGCUGAACUGGAAUCAGCUCAAUACAAACUCAAACUACAGGUGGUUAGCAACAAGUAUGGACAAGCACAACAGGAACUCCAGGAGCUCAGAGCUCAGAUGGCACCAGCCGGGCGGGGCUCAGCUGCCGCCUCCUACCCUUCCUCCUCCUCGCUCCACUGUGGCCCUGACCGUCCCAAGGUGCCGCUGUACAGCUUCUUCGAUGCAGUUCUGGUGUCUCAGAAUGGAGGCUGCAGAGUUUUGUCUUACUGCGAAGCCCUGAGCGGCCUGCUGGCCUCGCAGCCUUCGCCUCACGCAGCACUCGUGCCUGGCUGGGGUGUGAAGAAAGUUAGCCUGGCCAACCUUAAAUCCAGCCAGUACAUUCCCAUCCACAGCAAUCAGAUCAGAGGUCUGUGUUUCAGCAGAAAGAACGACAGCCUGCUGUUGUCGGCCGCUCAGGACUGCACCAUCAAACUCACCAGCCUGCUGACCAGCACAGUGGUUCAGACUUACAAUGCCGGGAAACCCGUGUGGAGCUGCUGCUGGUGUUUGGACAACACCAAUUAUAUCUACGCCGGUCUGAGCAAUGGGUCGGUUCUGGUCUACGACAUAAGAGACACCAGCAUGCAUGUCCAGGAGCUUGAGCCGCUCCGCUCCAGGACUCCAGUUGCAUCUCUCUGCUACAUCCCAAAGGCAGCGUCCAGCUCUUUCCCGUGUGGUGGCCUGAUCGCUGGCUCCCCAGGAGGCGGCUGCUUCUGGGAACAGGUUGGCGAGAGCACGUACAAGCCGCACAUGCUGCCGCUGGAGCCAGGAGGCUGCACCGACAUCCAGGUGGAUACGGAAAGCAGGCACUGCCUGGUCACCUACCGACCCGGACGCUUCAACCCAACUCUGCGCUGCGUCCUAAUGGCUUUGACCCGAGCACCCCAGGAGGACCUCAACCAGCCGCCCAGCUGCUCCUGCUCACCCGUGCAGACGUUCAGUGCUGGCACAUCAUGCAAAUUUCUCACCAAGAACGCUAUCUUCAACAGUCCGGAUGGAGGCGGAGCCCUGGUGUGUGCUGGAGAUGAGGCAUCCAACUCCAUGAUGGUGUGGGAGGCAGCCAGUGGCACUCUGCUCCAGAAGCUUUCGGCCGACCUCCCGGUGUUAGACAUCACUCCGUUCCAGGUGAAUGGCGAGCACUUCCUGGUGGCGCUAACAGAGAAGAUGAUGAAGCUCUACAAGUGGAAGUGAAGGAAGGCGGCUCGCGGGAACAGAAUGUCGCUAAACUGUUUACAUAGCAGAAGUCAUAGAAUAUUUUCAAGUGUUUUUCAGUUAUUUUAUUUUGAAAUAACUUGGGGACCUUUGACCAUCAUAGCAGUUUUGCCUGAAACUACAAAUUGCCAAAAACACUCGCUGAUUGUUUUUGUGUACAGGGCUUCUAUACUUAUGUUAUGUGAGAUGAGGCGCCAGGUCUACUGGGUUCAUCACAACACAUGUACAUUUACCUUUUACAGUUUUUAGUGUGAGAGAGAUUUUCAUUGUGCUUCUGCAGACACACAACUGAAUUGUCAGAUUCAGUGGCCUUGAACUCACCACCAACAACCAGCUGGAUUCAUUUAAUCUGGCCAGAAAUCUUAGCGUUUGUACAGUAAAACAUACUCUUUCAUAUUUACAGACAGUAUUUUAUGUUUGUGUGUGUGUGUGUGUGUGUGUUUGGAUGUGUCAGUCAUUGUUUUUUCUUUAAAUUAAUAAAAUACAAAGUUUUUAA